ACAAUCAUAAUCUGUAAGUCUUCAGUCACCAAAACAAAAUUCAACCUGAUUCUGACCAUCCUGACCAACUCACAACACAUUGUGUCAAUUCUAAAAUUAUCGGACAAAUUUCGUGGAAAUUUGGUAGCAGAACUGAACUAUCCUGAACACGAAGCUUACAUAAGUACUGCAUUUAAUAAUACAGAUUCGAAUAUGGAUAACGGCCUAUUGGGUGCACCAGACUCGUUAGCCUCACCAGCCUUUCCAUACUUUCCUUCCCACUAUGUUGAUGAAAACUUCAGCGGUUUAAGAUACCCCAACUGGGACUCGAACAUAAAUAAUAUCAGUUAUCCCUAUCGUGGACACAGUAUGCAAGUAGAACAAACAGCGCUGCGUGGAACAACUUCACAAGGUGUUCCGAACUGGAGUGACUUAAGAUACAACAACUAUACCUCAGGCUCGGCGAGCAGUAAUAUUAGGGGGAACGUUGAUGGAGAUUUUUUGCGAGCAGAACAAGCAGCACCGGGCGCAAUAACUCCACAAUUUGGCCAAAAUUUGCACGGUCUACUGUACAACAACUAUCUCUCAGGCUUGCCUAGCAUCAAUAGGGGGAACGUUGAUGGAGAUGUUUUGCAAGCAGAACAAGUAGCACCGGGCGCAAUAACUCCACAAUUUGGCCAAAAUUUGCACGGUCUACUGUACAACAACUAUCUCUCAGGCUUGCCUAGCAUCAAUAGGGGGAACGUUGAUGGAGAUGUUUUGCAAGCAGAACAAGUAGCACCGGGCCCAAUAACUCCACAAUUUGGCCAAAAUUUGCACGGUCUACUGUACAACAGCUAUCUCUCAGGCUUGCCUAGCAUCAAUAUGAGGGGGAACGUUGAUGGAAAUGUUUUGCGAGCAGAACAAGCAGCACCGGGCGCAAUAACUCCACAAUUUGGCCAAAAUUUGCACGGUCUACUGUACAACAACUAUCUCUCAGGCUUGCCUAGCAUCCAUAUGAGGGGGAACGUUGAUGGAGAUUUUUUGCGAGCAGAACAAGCAGCACCGGGCCCAAUAACUCCACAAUUUGGCCAAAAUUUGCACGGUCUACUGUACAACAACUAUCUCUCAGGCUUGCCUAGCAUCAAUAUUAGGGGGAACGUUAAUGGAGAUGUUUUGCGAGCAGAACAAGCCGCACCGGGCCCAAUAACUCCACAAUUUGGCCAAAAUUUGGACGGUUUACGGUACAACAACUAUCACUCAGGCAUGUCGAGCAGCAAUAUCAAUCGAAUGCCUCCUGUUUCGACUUUACAUGUUCGUCUAGAUCGGAACGCAAAGAAUAGCGUUAAUGAAUCGAAUGCUUCCAGAUUCGACACGCACACUCCCAAAGUGCAGCAUUAUGAAUCACAUGCCAACGUUGUUCUCAAGAAUCUUCAGAUGGAAGAAGUAUUGUCACACGGGAGAACUACGACGCCUGUGGAGAGUGUACCCGACGAUGCAUCACGAUUCGAUAAAUGUCAGGUUCAAUUAAUUAGGGGAAAGAGCGAAGACCCUCUUAAAAAUGUCGCAGACGGUCGUCGUAAACAAAAGAAAAUCUACCAAUGUACAGAGUGUAAGAAGGUAUUUCACUGGAAGAUUCGUCUGACCAGACAUUUAAAGAUCCACGAUUGCGAAAGUCGAUAUAAGUGUGCACAAUGUGGUGUAGGUUUCAAACUAAAAUCCUAUUUGACCGUUCAUGAAAGGAUUCAUUUUGGUCCGUUCAAAUGUUCGACUUGUAAUGCUGUGUUCAAAUAUAAAACUCAUCUAGCUCGUCAUGAAUUGAAUCAUACUGAUGAACAAUUAUUCCCGUGUGACAUCUGCAAGAAAGUAUUUCGGCGUUAUGUAUUUUUGGUGGAUCACAAGAAUCUUCACACAGGUGAAAGGCCUUACGAGUGCAACGUAUGCAAUAAAACGUUUGCCAUACGUAUCGCGUUAACCAAUCAUCGUAAGGUACACGAAGAGUAGGAAAGGAGCCGAUAUCCGAUUUUUGCUAAUUUCUAAGAUUUCUCGUAUUGGAGCAACGACGACGGCGGAAAAAAGAAACAUUUUUAGUCUAUGGAAAGAAAAUCCUUUUAUUUGUGUUGUCGAUGGAUUAGUUUUGUAUGAGUGUGAUUAAAUUUUGAAUUAAAUGUCUCCUGCUCGAGGUGUUU